AAGGCUCAAGUGGCUCACCUAGAGAAGUUCAUGUUCGAAGGCUGCGAGCUCCCUCUGAAGGCGUCUUGCUCCGUCUUCAUCACCAUGAACCCUGGAUACGCGGGGCGCACGGAACUCCCUGACAACUUAAAAGCGUUGUUCCGGCCGAUUGCUAUGAUGGUGCCGGACUAUGCUCUGAUCGCGGAGAUCUCUCUGUUCUCGUACGGGUUCUUCGAGGCAAAGAUCUUGGCAGGGAAGAUCACCACCACCUUCAGAUUGAGCUCGGAACAGCUGUCGUCACAGGACCAUUACGAUUUCGGCAUGCGCGCUGUAAAGACAGUCAUCCUGGUGGCAGGAAACCUCAUCCGCCAAAUGCCAGACGGUGAAGAGCGGCAGAUCGUGCUCCGCGCACUAAGAGACGUCAACGUGCCCAAGUUUUUGGCUGACGACCUGCUUCUGUUCAACGGUGAGUGA